AUGGAUAGGAGAACCCCACCUGGGAAUUUUUUCCAGUAUGCUCCAACUGGAGGCAAUGGUUCACUCCCACUCCAGCGAUACUUGGCAGACCUAUUGGCAGAGAGAAACAAACUAGGGCCAUUUGUACAGAUUCUGCCAGUUUGUAACAGACUUCUUAAUCAAGAGAUCAUUAGAGUAUCUGGGUUGAUAUCGAAUCAUGUUGCAGAACUCGAAAGAUUGGGACAUGGCCAUAUGUACCGAUCAAUGGGUGAACCCCUUAAUGGAGGACGUAUGAAUAUGCCGGCAUGGAAUGUCAUGCGAGCUGAGGAGGAUAAGCUCCGACAGAAAAUGGCUCCAUUUCAUCCAUCCCCUUUAAACUGGCACGUGGUCCCAGGGACACCUACUGCCCCAGUCAUUAAGAGGGUUAUCCGACUAGACAUUCCCGUGGAGAAGUAUCCAAAUUAUAAUUUUGUAGGUAGAAUUCUAGGACCUCGCGGGAACUCACUUAAAAGAGUUGAGGCCAUGACAGAGUGUCGAAUUUAUAUAAGGGGUCAGGGGUCUGUGAAGGAUUCGAUUAAGGAAGAGAAGCUGAGAGAUAAACCUGGAUACGAGCACUUAAAUGAGCCUCUCCAUCUCUUGGUAGAGGCCGAGUUUCCCGAGGAUAUAAUUGACGUGCGUUUGGAUCAUGCAAUGGCAAUACUUGAGAACCUUCUAAAACCUGUGGACGAGUCCAUGGACGUUUACAAGAAGCAGCAGCUAAGGGAGUUGGCCAUGUUAAAUGGCACUUUCAGGGAAGAAAGCCCGAGCAUGAGCCCAAGUAUGAGCCCCAGCAUGUCCCCCUUUAAUAGCACUGCCAUCAAACGAGCUAAAACGGGAAGAUAA